UACGAGACGGAAUUUGAAACGUCGGUACCGAUGAGCACCUACCUCGUCGAAUUCAUCAUCGCUGAUUUCGGAUUCGUCGAGAAUAUGACGGCCAGCGGUAUUCCGCACAGAAUCUACGCGCAAUCUGGGCAGCUGAACAGGACCGACUAUCCGCUGUGGUUUGGCACGAACACGCUAGAUUUCUUCGAGAGCUACUUCAAUGUCCCCUACACGCUUGCGAAAUUAGAUGAGGUAGCGAUACCAGACUUUGUGUCGGGAGGCAUGGAGCACUGGGGAGUGAUAACGUAUCGCGAGUCCAACCUGCUCUACGACGACAUGCACUCGUCAACGUACAACAAGGAGCGCGUUGCUAUGAUCAUCGGUCACGAGAUCGUACACCAGUGGUGGGGCAACCUCGUCACCUGUGAUUGGUGGAACGACCUGUGGUUAAACGAGGGCUCGGCGCGCUGGCUGCAGCAGAUAGUAGCGGACACGUUCAACCCUGAGUUUGAAGCGUACAAUAUAUUUAUAUCGUCCUAUCUACUCGGUGUGUUGGACGUUGAUGCCACCGUUAAUUCGCGUCCCGUUUACGUGGCCCCAUCUGCAGUCGAACAUCCUGAUGAAAUCACUGCCAUCUUCGAUGAUGUCGUUUACAGCAAGGGUGCGUCAAUGCUGAGGUAUCUGGAGAAUUUGCUUGGAGCUAGCGUGUACAGAGAUGGUCUAGAAGGACUGCUCAAGGGUCUAGCGUUCAAGACGAUGGUGACCGAUGACUACUGGGACUACAUGAGCCGUGCUUCUGGAAAGGAUGUGAAAACGAUGAUGGACCCGUGGACGCUGCAGAUGGGAUACCCCGUCAUCGACGUCACGCGCGAUCCGAAGGACAGGCUGAAGGUCACGCUGCGUCAGGAGCGAUUCCUGUUGAACCCAGACGCGGAUCUAUCCACGGAGCAAUUCCCUUCGCCUUUUAAUUACACGUGGGACAUAUACAUUGAGUAUAUCACGUCUGACAACCCACACACUCCCUAUAGAGUUCAUAUGAAAAUGGGGGAAGAAGUGCGCCUCGACUGGCCGGACGUCGAAUGGGUGAAGCUCAACUACGGCUUCACGACCUUCUGCCGCGUGAACUACGAGCUCCAGGAUUGGCUGCGGCUCAGUCAGCUGCUCGUCGACGACCACACUGCGCUGGCGCCGUCCGACCGCGUGAACCUGCUCUCGGACGCGUUCGCUCUCGCGGAGGCGCGUCGCCUCGACUACGGCGUGCCGCUCAACAUGACUCGCUACCUCGACCGCGAGGACCACUACGUGCCGUGGCACGGCGUGUACCGCCGCCUCGCUGACAUCUCCACGCUGCUCUACUAUAGACCAGACUACGACCUGCUCAGGAGGUACAUCGUCGCGAAGGUCGACCCGAGCUUCCAGAAGCUGGGCUGGGACGUCGUCGGCACGCACCUGGAGAAGAGGCUGCGACCGGACCUCAUCGAACUCGCCUGUUGGCAUGGCGACGCAGAGUGCAUCCGCGUGGCAACCGACCUGUUCACCUCGUGGCUCGAAGCGGAAGCAUAUUUGCAUCCAGACGUGCGAAACCUCGUCUACAAGUACGGUAUGAUAGCGGUCGGGGGCACCGAUGAGUGGGAGAUCAUGUGGCAGCGAUACAAGAGUGAGAUAAACGCUCAAGAACGAAUCAACCUGAUGUACGGACUGGCUAACAGCCGCAUGCCGUGGGUUUUACAGAGGUACCUGAUUCUGGCGUGGGAUUUGAACAAUGUUCGCAUGCAGGACUACUGGACAGUGCUUGGCUACAUAGCCGACAACCCUGUAGGAAGACCGAUCGUAUGGGAUUACUACAGAGCCAACUGGGACAGCUUUGUCGAACGGUUCACGCUCAACGAUCGAACGUUCGGUCGUUUCAUUCAGAUAGUGACAGCCAGCUUUACGACCGACUUCCAUCUGCAACAGAUGCUGGACUUCUACGCGCAGCAUCCGGAUGCGGGCGCCGGGGAGUUGCCGCGGCGACAAGCCCUGGAGACAGUGCAGGGCAACAUCGCGUGGCUUCAGCGAAACGAAGCGGACAUCAUCGACUGGCUGCAUCUCUACGGGAAUAGUUAAUUAGUCGACGAAGAUUGUUUCCACCAAUGAGUGCGUCUAUA